CUCACUAGCAGCUCGCUGCCCGAAAGCUGCUGCCGGGCGCCGCAGCCCUCACGUCUGCUGCCCACCGCCCGGUUCAUCCAUGAGCUCAGAUUUCCCACAUUACAACUUCAGGAUGCCUAAUAUUGGAUUCCAGAAUCUGCCUCUCAACAUAUAUAUUGUGGUUUUUGGCACUGCUGUAUUUGUCUUCAUCCUUAGUUUACUCUUCUGUUGCUACUUGAUUAGGCUAAGACAUCAAGCACACAAAGAAUUUUAUGCCUACAAGCAGGUUAUAUUAAAAGAAAAAGUUAAAGAACUGAAUUUACAUGAGCUCUGUGCUGUGUGUUUAGAAGACUUUAAGCCUCGAGAUGAACUGGGGAUUUGCCCAUGUAAGCAUGCCUUCCACAGAAAGUGCCUUGUUAAGUGGCUGGAAGUCCGGAAAGUGUGUCCCCUGUGCAACAUGCCGGUGCUGCAGCUGGCCCAGUUGCACAGUAAACAGGACCGUGGUCCCCCUCAAGAGCCCCUACCUGGGGCAGAGAACAUUGUAUAGCUCACUGAAAGGAUCAGACUUGCUGGAUACAUCAGUGUGGAGCCAGGAGGAAUACAGCAGACUUUGUUUGGGCUGUUCGCUGCCUGGGGCACCCACUGUCACUUCCUUUGCCUCAUGAAGAACUCUUGAGCCAGGCAAGCUGAGACCCUAGGCAUCUGGAUCUUGUGACAACCAAAGCACUCUGACAUCACCCUAAAGCCAAGAGGAGUAGAUGAGCCUGCAGGUUUGGUUUCAUAAAUUUCCUGAGCAUCUCUUGCUGUCUCCCAGGCACCUGCACAUCAACCAGAAGGGAAGAUAACACAGGUGUUAGAAAAAGAACUGAGAUUGGGACUUUAAUGCCACACCCACCUGUGGACCUGUAAGCAGCUGUGCAGACCUCACCUGUCUCUGCCCUCUUGGCAUCCUGAGUCGUGAAACCAGCUGUUCCAUCAGCUGAAGCACAACUGACUGCCAGUGUGUGGUGAGGCAGCCCCUGCAAGUCUCUUCAGGUUCUAUCCAUUUAAUAAGGCCUUUGGGAACCUAAAGACUGUGGAACAGCAUCAGCAGAACUCCUGCCACACACACCAGUUCACACCUGCUGUCAGAUCUUCCAAGUUGAAGCCAUUAGACACACUUGGAAAGGCCUGGUCAGGAGCCAUUCUUCUUCUGUUUUCCCUCCUAGUCAGUCAUCAGUAAGAUGCAGCAGGAGCUUGACCCUGAACCUCAACUGUCUUAUGUAACCCAGGAGCCAGGGUACUACUGCAUAAGUACCCCACAAAUGCAGUAUGAUUCAAUUAUAGCUGCUGGCCUCAGCUCACUGGCUAAGGAGUCUCUCGGCCCCUCAGAUGGCUCCAA